ACUGCUGCAGUCCGUCAAUUUAAACCUUUGAUGUUUUAAUAUUAUUGUUAUUCCUGUGCGUAUUUUUAAUUAAACUCUCCAUCAUCAAAAUGACGUACCUGAGCUCAUGGGAGGAGUUCGAAAAGUGCGCCGAAAGGUUAUAUUUGCAAGACCCGAUGAAGACCAGGUACACGAUGAAGUACUGCCAUCAAAAAGGCGUGCUAUGUCUCAAGUUUACGGAUGACCGAACGUGCUUACAGUACAAGACCGAAAUAGCCCAAGAUGUCAAGAAGAUGGAGAAAUUUAUAAAGAAUCUUAUGAGACAUAUGGCAUCAAAGGACAACUAGACUUUCAAGUGUAUCACUAUCAGGAUAUUGAAAUUAUCAACUUUUCACGUGUGAUGGAAAGUUGUGAACUACAAUUACUGCCUCUUCAUAAAAAGUGUAAAAUUUACACUGUAAAAAGGCUGAGGCUCUGGUGCCCAGUGAUGAUAACCAUGACACUGGCAUAUUUUUACAGUUUACAAUGGUCAAUCCAGCUCUGUUCUUACAGUGCCCUUAAGACAACAUUAUUUUUUUGUAGCCACUAUUAAAUUAUAAACAUUUUAAUAAUUAUUGUAAUUGAAGAAAGUUAUUAUUUGGCAGCAACAUUUGUUUUCCAUUGUUUCAUGGAGUAAGAGUACAAAUGAUUAUGAUUUAAAUGUUUAAUAUUAUUAAUUGUAGCAAGUUGCUUCAAUCACUUAAGUUUGCUUGUUUGUAUACAUUAUGAUUAAGCAUGUAAUUGAAAAUCAAGUUGAGUUUAUUAUGACUGAGAGCAUUUCUUGUAAAACAAACAUCACAACUACCAAGUAGCUCAUCAAUUUUGUUAGAUAUAAUGUACUUUGAAUGUUAAAUUCUUGAUUAAAAAUUAGAUCUUUGUCAACAUUAAAAAAGAAGUAUUUCUACAUUAUUGGAAAAAAAAUUUACGUAUAAAAAGUAAUUACUAGUGGUUACUGUAAAAUGUCAAUAUUACUAACAGGUAACACAUAAAUCUAGUUUUACUACCUUAAUAAGGAUGUAACAUA